AUGUGUCUUACCACUGGCGCGUCAAAUGGUCUUGGUUUGGCGCUGUUCCUCUGCAAUCUCCGGGCCGGCCGCAAGGUUAUUAGGACAGUCCACAACAAGACCAAGGACGCUGCCGCCGUAGAGCAGAUCGAAAAUGCUAGAGAUUCCGUGAUUGAAAUGGACAUGACGGAGCCCAAGUCCAGCAUUACAAGCAAAGUCCAAGCCGUCAGCCGAAUCGGCUAUCUCGUCAACAACGCUGGUUACUCUAUCCUGGAUCAUUGUAAGGACGUCACCCGACUCGGAAAGACAAGCGACAACGAAGCCACUCUCCAAAUCAACACCAACUUCUUUGGCCCUCUAUACACGCUCCAGGCGGCUCUCCAGGGAAUGAAAAAUCGAAAUUUUAGCACUAUUUUCAACGUCUUGAGCGUUGCCGCCAGGGAUCUGCUAGCUGCGUGCUCUCUGUACGCUACAUCUAAAGCCGCGCUCGAGGCCGCAUCUGAGUCGCUUGCCAAGGAGGUUGCUCCCCAUAACAUUCGCGUGCUCAUUGUUGAGCCAGGCAACUUCCGUACCAAUUUUUCUAGCGCGCUCUGUAAUUUUAUCCUGGACAUCAUCUUCCUCCAACGGAAUGCAAGUGUUGUGCAAAUCGCUGCCGCCGUCAGAGACGGAAGGGAUCUGUGGGAGAGGCAACAGGAUGCCUUUAUUAGGAUUGGAAAGAAUAAGAACAUGCCCCCGCUUGUGCUUGGAGAGCCGGAGCGUUUUGGCUACAUGAUAGAAGACGUCAGCAGGGUUCACGGAUUAUCCAUGGCAGGCAAGAUUCGACGUCAUGUUGAAUAG